AUGAGUGAGCGCGAGCGCGUUUGCGAGCGUGAUCGUGAGCGUGAGCGUGAGUGCGAGCGAGCGGGCGUUGGGUGCGCAGGGGAGGUGUCGCUGGCGCGGCCCAUGGAAGAGCUGUUGGAGGUGACGCGGCCGUGCGCGCCGCUGCUGCUGACGCUGCUGGCCGAGGAGGUGCGACCGUCGCCGUCGCCGUCCGGCGCCGAGGCGCCCGCCGCCUCCUCCGAGGCCGUCGUGGCGCUGCUGCUCGACGACCGCGCCAACCACCCGCCCUAUUUCGCCUCCUCCGAUUACGAUGUGCACAUCUCUGAGAACAGCCCAAUGGGAACGGCCCUCAACUUCCAGCCUCCCUACGAAGCGGUUAUCCACGAUGACAACAUUGGCAAGCAGGGCCUGUUCUCCAUCGAGCUGACGGACAGCAACGGCACCUUCGAGGUGACACCGGCGGUGGGCGAGGGCCGCACCAACUUCAUCAUCGCCGUGCGCGACAGCUCCCUGCUGGACUACGAGCAGCGCGAGCACAUCACCUUCCAGGUACACUCCACUUCUCAGCUAUUAUAUAAUAUUAUAGAA